ACUACAAGUCCCACAGGCCUUUGCGCAGGUGCGGCGCGGCGCUUCCGGGCCCGGGGCCGGAAGUGGCGCGUGUAAACAGUGGCGGUUGGGGGAGACGAGCCGGAGCCAUGUCGGCGCUCAGGUACGCGGGUCUGGACGACACUGACAGCGAGGAUGAGCUGCCCCCAGGCUGGGAGGAGAGGAGCACCAAGGAUGGCUGGAUCUACUAUGCCAAUCAUGUUGAGCUCAAGACUCAGUGGGAUCAUCCAAAGACUGGGAAAAAGAAGCGUAUAGCUGGAGAUUUACCUUAUGGAUGGGAACAAGAAACUGAUGAAAAGGGUCAAAUAUAUUUUGUUGACCACAUAAACAAAAGGACCACCUACCUGGAUCCGCGUUUGGCAUUCACAGUUGAAGAUACAUCUGAUAAACAGAUUAUUCGGCAGAGAUAUGACGGGAACAGCAGUGCUCUGGACAUUUUGCAGGGUCGAGACCUCUCUGGCAAAGUUGCUAUCAUUACUGGGUCUAAUUCAGGGAUUGGCUUCGAGACCGCUCGUUCCUUAGCUUUGCACGGAGCUCACGUCAUCCUGGCCUGCAGGAAUCGCACUCGGGUUAGUGAGGCGAUACAGAAGAUACUGGAGGAGUGGCACAAAGCCAAGGUGGAAGCUAUGACCCUUGAUCUGGCUUCCCUGCUUAGCGUGCAGCAGUUUGCAGAAACCUUUAAGGCUAGGAACCUGCCUCUUCACAUUCUGAUCCUCAACGCUGCUGUCUUUGGCCUUCCGUGGCAGUUAACGAGAGAUGGGCUCGAGACCACUUUUCAAGUCAACCACUUGGGACAUUUCUAUCUGGUUCAGCUGCUUGAAGACAUUCUGCGCCGUUCUAUCCCUUCGAGAGUGAUCAUCGUAUCUUCAGAGUCCCACAGAUUCACGGACCUAAAGGAUUCUUCAGGGAAACUCGAUUUUAAUCUGCUUUCACCUCCCAAGAAAGAAUACUGGGCCAUGUUAGCCUACAACCGGUCAAAGCUUUGCAAUAUUCUCUUCUCGAAUGAGCUGAACAGGCGCUGGUCACCUCAUGGAGUAACAUCCAAUGUUUUGCAUCCAGGAAACAUGAUGUAUUCCAACCUGCACCGCAGCUGGUGGCUGUACACCCUCUUGUUUUCCUUGGCUCGUCCGUUUACCAAGUCUAUGCAACAGGGAGCUGCUAACACUGUGUACUGUGCCGUGGCCCCAGAGCUGGAGGGACUGGGAGGAAUGUACUUCAACAACUGCUGCCGGUGUCUGAGCUCUCAGCAAAGUCAGAACCAAGUGACUGCAGCCGCCCUAUGGGAGCUGAGCGAGAGGCUGGUCCAGGAGAGGGUUGGCAGCCCCAUCAUGUAGCAAUAAGCCGUACACUCACUCACUCACACCGACACACACACACACGCACACAGUCACGCUUGCACAAUCACACUUACACAAAACACAUACACACCGCACAGGCACACUCACACACAGACACACUCACACGAUUACGCUCGGUAUACUUGCACACCCAUACACACAGCAACAAAUUACAUUUGUUUAGCGCCUCUCACAUCGAGAGGACGUCCCAAGGCGGAAGGAUUUGCGUACACAAUUGCACUCGCAUUCUCACACACACACACACGCGCGACAGUCACACUCGCAUUCACGCUAGCUCACUUGCACUCGCAGAAACACACGCACAUUUGUACUGAUGCACUCACGCUCACUCAAAGUCACUCUCGUUCGCUCAGGCUUGCAUACACACACACCCAAAUACACACACUCCCACACAAACAAUCGCACUCUACACAAACAUACAUUCGGACCCAGGCACGUACACACAUCCUCUCCCUGAAGAUAAGGGACUUGGAAAAAAAAACACUAAGAAACUCUCUCUCCUUUUCUUUCUCUGUAUCUAUCUGUCUGUCUGUCUGUUUGUUUUCGCAAAAUGAAAAGUCUUGGGAGAUUUGCUGCUUGGCCUCUGAGAAAGCUGCAGGGUUGCACCCCUCUGUAACGUUAGCUCUGGUUUGAUUAGUCGAGACAAAUUAGAGACAGCAGGCUGCAAAGAAUCACUGCGGUGAAAUUUGCAGCAUUUUGUAAUAGGCUCCUUAUGCUAAUUAUCACAAGGCAGGGGCUAUGAAAUGUCGCAAACUUCACCCGCACUCUUCUGAGCUAACAUUGCUAAAAGGGAUUAAAAAAAUGAUCUGUAAGAUUUAGCAUCGCAGUGGGACCCACCCGCUCUGUCUUUUAUGUAUAAUAUUCUUACUGAUCGAGCCUCCGAAGGGUCAAUUGUCAUUAAAGAGACAGUCCCUUAACCGCGGAUCCCAAACGUUCUUCAAUUACAUUGUAAAUGUCUUUCACAUUAAAUAUUUUUCAAUGCACCUUA